GCGGGCUAGAGGCCCUUUUGCGCAUGUGUCCCGGUCACCCGGAACUUGUGGCGUGGCUGACGUGGCCGGGAAAGAGAAGGAGGCGGAGGCGCGUUGCUGUCGGUAGUUGGAUAUAUUUUACAUCAUGGUGGGUGAGAGGCGGAAUGGAAAUCUGCUGGUGCAUCUUGGGCCUAAACUGCAGGCUUAUCCUGAGGAGCUAAUUCGCCAGCGUCGUGGCCAUGAUGGACAUACUGAAUACCUGAUUCGUUGGAGCAUUCUUAGUUUGGAUGACAGCACCGGGAGCAGCACCAAUGCUGCUUCUGCUGAGAGCAAAACGGAGAAUAUUCUGAUGUGGAUGUCAGCAGAGGAAGUUUAUGCUAACUGCCCAACGCUGCUGGGUAAGAGGAAGCCUGAGGGACAGCGGGUGAAGGAGGAGAAAGCGCCUAGCAGUAGUGCAUACCCAUCUGAUGUCACAGUGGAUGAAGCUUCCCUACGUGAGAUGAAGGCUGAUGUCCGGAACCUGGUGCAGCGGGCUGCACGGCAAAUGGCUAGGACAACUGGCCCAGAGUCCUCCAUCCUAAAUACCAUCCAUGUGCUCAGUGCCUAUGCCAGUAUUGGCUCAUUGACAGGUGUCUUCAAGGAGACAGGUGCUCUGGAUCUGCUGAUGAAGAUGCUGUGCAAUGAGGAAAAACAAAUCCGUCGUAGUGCUGGCAAGAUGCUGCGGGCUCUGGCUUCACAUGAUGCAGGAAGCCGAGCUUAUGUUCUUUUGUCGUUGAGCCAGCAGGAUGGCAUUGAGCAGCAUAUGGACUUUGACAGUCGUUAUACUCUCUUGGAGCUGUUUGCAGAGACAACAUCCUCUGAAGAGCACUGCAUGUCCUUUGAGGGAAUCCACCUUCCUCAGAUUCCAGGAAAGCUGCUUUUUUCUCUUGUGAAGCGCUAUCUCUGUGUUACCUCCCUCAUGGACAAGCUCAACAGUACCACGGAACUGGGAGGGGAGAGGCAAGAUGCUGCAGCCCCCAGUGCAAACUUUGGUGAAAAGAGCCGAGUGCAACGGGAGUUUGAUUUCAGCAUGGCCAUGGCUAACCUCAUUUCGGAGUUGGUGCGGGUCAUGGGCUGGGACCGCAGUCAAGAGAAGGAACUUCUUUCCCUGCGGGAAACACAGCCUCGAGUUGUUCGGUCUAUCUUCCAACCUAAGGGCUCCACCUGUACUGCUGUUCAGGUGCCUCUGGCAACUUCAAAGCCUUCACCAAGAAAAAAACAUGGGCAAGCAUUCAUGACUUUAUCAGAUUUCUCCAGUCGUAGCAGUUAUAUAGAGUAUGUGCAGGAAAAUCUAAAGCCAGGGAUGAUGGUGCGGAUGCUGGAAGACUAUGAGGAGAUCAGCACUGGAGAUGAGGGUGAAUUUCGUCAAAGCAACAGUGGGAUGCCUCCUGUACAGGUUUUGUGGCAGUCUACUGGGCGCACCUAUUGGGUGCACUGGCAUAUGGUAGAAAUAAUUGGCUCUGGAGAGCAGCUGGAAGAGGAGGCUGCCCAAGAAAAGGUAUCCAGUCUAACAGAGAACCUGAAACUACCUACAGUGACUCAGACCUUCUACUGCAAACCCCUUGGGGGGCUGUACUCCUUGCCAUACCUGUCGGACCAGAUGAAUGAGAAUUCUGGGACCCUGAGCCGGGCUGAAUGGUGGGAGCUACUUUUCUUCAUUAAGAAGCUAGAACAGCAUGAACAACAGGAAGUGGUUCACUACAUCCAGCAGAACCACAAAGAUCAGCUGUUGGAACUAGAUGAAGAGGGCCUCAUCCAGCUGUCCAUGUCAGUAGAGUUGGCCCAGCAAGUGCUGCAUCUGCUGGACCAGCACUGCCAGGGCUGCACCCGAAACGACCUGCACAGUUCCCACGUCUAUCUCAAGUAUUCCUUCAGCAAAGGAGCGGCAGAGCAGAGCUGCAAAAACGUGGACAUGAUCUCUGCGAACUGUGGUGGCCCUUCUGAGGCCAUGGCGUCCGAAAAGCCCAAGAAAGAGUCGCUCUCUGCUGAGGUGCCUUCCCCAGCUUCAUCCGGAACAGAGAAAACGGACACACAGCUGAUCAAUGAACUCCUCAAAGCAGAAGGCCUUUCCUUCCCAGACACACUGGAUGAGAAGGCCAAAGCCUUCUGUAGUGUGAAGUUUACAGGAAAGAGGAGCUCCUUGGAGAAGUUGGCAGAUGUUAUAGACAUAAUCCAGAAAUCUAGUUCUGAAGUUACAUUGCAGAUGGCUGGACUCAGGUUCAUCACCAAGAUCUUAGAGGAUGAACCUGGCCAGGAAAGACAGAUUAUCAAAGUAGAUGGUGGACCUUCAGUCAGGGAGAAAAUGGUCAAGAUGCUGGUGGAGCUGUUGAGCAACCAAGUGAAGGAGAAGCUGCUGGUGGUGAUGGCCCUGCGACUGCUUUAUGUGUUCAUGGCGAAGUACGAUUGGCGCGUUCUCUUUGCCACAGAAGGCGGGGUGCGUGCCGUGUUGGGCUGCAUGCAGGAGUAUCCCACAUCAGCACUGGUGCAGCAGGCUGGCCUGGCAGCGCUGAAAGUGCUGGUAGGUGCUGGGAAUUGUGAGCUUCUAGGUACCAGUGGGAAGUCAUAUCCUCUGAACCAUUCGGAUGCCCAGAUGAUGCGAGAGAUCUUUGCCAGCAUUGGUUCUGCUUCUGGCAAGGAUUCGGAUAACUUGCUGUGUGCCAUCCGCACUGCUAUUGAGAAGAUGUUGGGCACACCUGGGGCCUCAUCAGCAGUCCAAAAUGGGCUUUUGGUGUUGAACAUGCUGAUCAACAAUCACAAGGGCCUGGCGGAGCAGCUGGGAAACUGCGACCUUCACACAGUGCUGCAGAGCUGCUGUCAGGCAGGCCAGAGCUCCAACGAGAUGUUGGCUCGGAUCGUGUUGAACCAUCUGGCUGAGCAUAAGUUGCCACUGAGCCAAGAAAAUGCAGAGUCUGAGGCAUCCUUUGAGCUCAAGAACAUGGACGUACCAUCGCUGCUAAGAAACCUUCGUGAUUCCAGCUUCUCAAAGGAGGUGGUGCUAGCACUGGAGCACUGUCUGUGUGAUGAGGCUGUCAGUCCUGAAGGAAAUGGCACUGAGUCCCUGCCGGAUCGCGAGAACUUCUUGCUGCUGCUGAAAACCCUAGAACAACUGGGAGCUGAGAAGACUGUGCAGAUGGGCAUGCUGAGGAUUUUGAACAAGUUUUUGGACAGUUCCCAAGAGGAUAUGCUGCCCUGGCAUGAGUGCAUCGAGCCCUGUCUGUCCUCUAUGAGUGCACACAGCAAUGAACGGGAGGUUGUGCAGGAGUUCAUCCGUUUCUUACAUCGUUUAGCCACCACCAACAAAGACUGUGCUGUCGUGAUGUGCCGGGUGGGAACAAAGGAGGCCCUGACCAAAGCUAUGGACAAGCACAACUCCAAUCUGCUGCUAGUGACUGAACUACGUGACCUUGUGACCGACUGUGAGAAAUACGCCAGCCUUUAUAAGAAGAUGACAACCAGCAUCUUGGCCGGUUGCAUCCAGAUGGUCCUAGGCCAGAUAGAGGAACACCGACGCAGCCACCAGCCUAUCAACAUCCCUUUCUUUGAUGUGUUCCUGCGCAACCUUUGCCAAGGUUCCAAUGUGGAGGUGAAGGAGGACAAGUGUUGGGAGAGGGUGGAAGUCUCCUCCAACCCCCACCGAGCCAGCAAGUUGACAGACAGGAAUCCAAAGACAUACUGGGAGUCUAAUGGCAGCACAGGCUCCCACUACAUCAAUGUCUACAUGCACCGUGGAGUGGUAAUCAGACAGAUGACUUUGCUAGUGGCAAGUGAGGAUUCCAGCUACAUGCCAGCAAGGAUUGUGGUCAUGGGAGGAGAGAACGCAUCAAAUAUCACCACUGAACUCAAUACUGUGAACGUCCUGCCUUCAGCCAGCAGAGUGGUUCUUCUGGAGAACAUGAUCCGCUUCUGGCCCAUCGUACAGAUCAAAAUCAAGCGUUGUCAGCAGGGCGGCAUUGACACGCGAGUGCGUGGCCUCGAGGUGCUGGGGCCCAAGCCCACCUUCUGGCCCAUCUUCAAGGAGCAGCUGUGCCGGCGCACGUACCUCUUCUACACCACCAAGGCGCACACCUGGUGCCAGGAAAUCUCUGAAGAUCGAAUGCAGCUGCUGCAGCUGUUCAGCAGGCUGAACAGCGCCUUGCGCCACGAGCAGGUGUUUGCCGACCGCUUCCUUCCCGACGACGAGGCCGCCCAGGCUUUGGGCAAGACCUGCUGGGAGGCGCUGAUCACGCCCCUGGUGCAGAGCAUCACCUCCCCAGAUCCCAGCGGCAUCAGCCCCCUGUCGUGGCUCCUGAGCCAGUAUUUGGAGAACGUGGAGGUUGCCCGGCGCACCAAGAGCCGGGCCGCCGUCUUCAACUCCCGUGUGCGGCGCCUGAGCCACCUGCUGGUCCACGUGGACUCGAGCAGCCCCGAGCCUGAGGACCUGAAGCCCCCUGUCAAAUCCAAUGGGAAGAACGGCAGGAACAAGGAGCUGGGCUCAGGCACUGCCAAGGCCACGGUGAAGAAGCCCAGCAGCACGACGGGCAUCACGCAGUGCUGGAAGGGCGUGGUCCAGCAGCAGGUGAAGCGGUUCCUGGAGUCCUCGUGGCAGGCCCCCGACUUCGUGGAGCGCUACUGCAGCACCUACCAGCGCCUGCGCACGGCCAUGGAGGAGCUCUUUGGGCAGCAGAUGUCCUUCAUGCUGGCCCUGUGCCAUGGCUUCUCCGGGGGGCUGCUGCAGCUCUCCUUCCUGACGGCCAUGCACGUGAGCGAGCAGUUUGCCCGUUACAUCGACCGGUGGAUUCAAGAGAGCUGGGCGAAUUCCGGCAACGUGGAGAGCCUGCAGCGCCUGCAGCAGAGCCUGGAGCCCAUCCUCUUCCUGGCAGGCCUCGAGCUGGCCAACACCUUUGAGCACUUCUACCGGUACUACCUGGGGGACCGGCUGCUGUCCCAGGGCAAGACGUGGCUGGAGACGGCCGUGGUGGAGCACAUCGGGCUCUGCUUCCCCAACCGGUUCCCUCAGCAGAUGCUGAAGAACCUGAGCGAGCUGGAGCAGCAGCAGCAGCAGUUCCACCUCUUCCAGCUGCAGCAGCUCGACAAGCAUCUGCUGGAACUCGAUCAGCGUGGAAAACAGGAGGAGGAGGCGGAGGAGGAAGAGGAAGCAGUGACGAUGGAGGUGGAGCCGUUCCCUCAGGAGGAGGAGGCUGACGUGAAGGUGCUGGCUUUGUCCCCACGCUGCUGGACCAUCUCACCGCUCUGCUACCUGGAGGAGCCUGCCCGGUUUUUCCCGCCAUCCCUCAGCCAGCACCUGAGCAAGUUUGCAGAUUUCUACACCCAGAGUCAGAGCCGCUUCGGACAAGAGCACACCAAGCCGCGACGUUUGCAGUGGACGUGGCUGGGCCACGCUGAGCUGGAGCACCAGGGCUGCGUCCUGCACGUGUCCACUUUGCAGAUGUACAUUCUUCUGUGCUUCAACGACGCUGAGGAGGUUUCUGUGGAAGUUCUGUCGCAGGAGACUGGUCUCUCCCCCGUCCUCCUCAGUCACGCAUUGAAUCCCCUGACGAAAGAGAACGGGAUCCUGACCCAGAAUCAGAGUGUCCUGAGGCUGAACGAGGUGACGCUGUCUCAGGUGUCGGGCCAGCACCUGUGGCUGUUGCCCAAACAGACAUACCUGAAUGUGGAGGAGAACGAGGCCAGCGCUCUGGAGAGGAAGAGGAACAUCAUCUGCUGCCUGCUCAUCCAGAUCCUGAAAGAGGAGAAGGAGAUACACAUCGACAACUUGGUGUUCCGAGUGAUGGAUGCCUGCCAGAAAUGGGAAUCCGGCUCAGCUCUGAAGUUCUUGAGCUUCUGUUGUAGCAGUACUGAUGUCCUGUCCUGCAUCUUGCAUCUGCUGAACCAGGGCUACAUCCGCCGUCAGGAGGACAACCCACAGCUCCUGGAGUACAUCUCUGUAGAGCCCACCACACCUCACCGGGGGCAAGCACAGCUCAUCUUUCAGAGCACAGAUUGCCAGAAGGAAAAGGGCCCUUUGGAGACCGAUACAGCCCACAAAUGUUCUCCGUUCAGGUUGGAUGCCUUUGGCCUUGGCACAGAACAAGUGCUGAUGGAAACGGUAUUGCUGCCCAUGGGACGCACAAUGAACCAAGAAGAGGUUGGAGCACUGAUGACUCAGACUGUGGAAAGGGUUUCGGAUACUCUGAGUGUGACUGCAGAUAUAGCCCAGCACCUGCUGAUACACUGCAAGUGGAAUGUGGAUGUCCUGAUCCAGCGCUAUACGGAGGAUCCGGAGCUGCUGCUGUUUUCGUCAGGGCUGCAAGUGCGGAACCCCCAGCCACCCUCAAGCCCUGUCACCCACUGUCCAGUGUGUGUAAAUCCACUGAGCCAAGCAGACAAUCCACCUGUUCUCUGCUGCAUGCACUACUGCUGUAAGUCCUGCUGGAAUGAAUACUUGACAACUCGCAUCGAACAAAAUCUGAUUCUGAACUGCACAUGUCCCAUCUCCGACUGCCCUGCACAGCCCACUACUGAUUUUAUCCGGUCUAUCAUUUCCUCCAAGGAAGUCAUUGCCAAGUAUGAGAAAGCGCUCCUGAGGGGCUACGUUGAGUGCUGCUCAAACCUGACCUGGUGCACCAACCCUCAAGGCUGUGAUCAGAUUCUCUGCAAGGAAGGCCUUGGCUGUGGAGAAGCCUGUUCAAAGUGCUCUUGGAUCUCCUGCUUCAACUGCAACUUCCCAGAAGCACACUACCCUGCCAGUUGCAGCCACAUGUCCCAGUGGAUGGAUGAUGGUGGAUUCUAUGAAGGGAUGACUGUGGAAGCCCAAAGCAAGCAUCUUGCCAAACUUAUCUCCAAGCGCUGCCCAAGUUGCCAAGCUCAAAUAGAGAAAAAUGAGGGGUGUCUACAUAUGACUUGUGCCAAAUGUAACCAUGGAUUUUGCUGGCGUUGCCUGAAGCCUUGGAAACCAACCCACAAGGAUUAUUACAACUGUUCUGCUAUGGUGAGCAAAGCAGCUCGACAGGAGAAGCGCUUCCAGGACUAUAAUGAAAGGUGCACUUUCCACCAUCAAGCAAGGGAAUUUGCCAUGAACUUGCGAAAUAGGGUCUCCUCAGUCAGUGAUGUGCCACAAAUUCGAACUUUGACGUUUGUUGUUGAUGCCUGCAAAACACUGGAACAGGCGCGAAAAGUACUGGCUUAUUCCUGUGUGUACAGUUACUAUAACCAAGACACUGAAAAGAUGGAUAUCAUGGAGCAACAGUCAGAGAACCUGGAGCUGCACACAAAUGCUCUGCAGAUCCUUUUGGAAGAGUCAUUGCUGCAGUGCCAAGAUCUUGCCUCUUCCAUUCGGCUACUGAAAGCAGAACAUUUUAAUACAGGUCUAGAGUUAGUUCGUAGGAUCCAAGAACGACUCCAAGCAAUUCUGCAGCAUGCCACUCAGGACUUCCGAGUGGGGUUCCAGAGCCAACAAACCUCUGAACAGAGGGAGAUUAAGUUAUCUAAUGUGCCUAAUGCUACUCCUGCUUAUAAAGAGCUGGUUUUUGAUGAGGGAUCUGAUUCGCCUGACACAGAUGAUGGUGGCAAAGAGGAGGAGGAGGAUGAAGAUGAGGAGUAUGUUCCUGAGUGGCAGGACGAGUAUGAUGAUGAAGAUCUUGACGAUGACAAUAUUUCUUACGACGACGAAUCAGAAAAUCUGGAGAGGGAGUCUUUCCUUUUUGAAGAUGAAGAUGAAAUAUAUGAUUAGAGUUGGGCUCCUGUCACUCCAAAACCACAGAGAAUUUUGGAGUAAACCUUGCCUGUCAACCCAGACUGCCUUGUCCCUGUUGCGCUCUGUGCUCUGCACCUGCCUUCAUCAAACACAGCAGGGAGAAGACUAGACUUUAGUCAGGUGAGAGGAAGCUGUAUGGUAGAGGACACUUUCCGCUUUGAGAUGGCUGCCUUGUGCCUCUUAAUGAAAUGUACAGGGUGCUGUGCCUGAUUACAUAUGAACUUCCUUGGCAAAAGAGGGUCAGCCGAGAUUUCGUCAUACCCUUUGCUUUGGAAUAAGAUCAAGAACCAGGCUAGAAGCAGGUCCAGCCGUUGCCUUGGUCCCAUUACUGGCUUCAACUCUGAGAGUUUAAAGGAGUGCCACACCUCAUCAGUGUCUGUGAAAGGUUAUACAUCACCCUGUAUUCCCCGUGUUUGAUUGCCAUUAGCUACCAUUAUGCAGGAAUCCUGCCUUAGCAAAGUCUAUUUGAUUUUAUCAUCUAGAUUGACAAUGACUGACAUCCCAGGAGAGAGUAAUGACACCAGCCUUAUGAGUGCCAGUUCUAGUGCAAUGAUCAACUUUCCAGUAGUGAUGUUCCAUGUGGCAAAUACAUGGACGUACCAAUGCAUGUGUGUACAUGUGUGCGCGCACAGGUGAUGUCUCUUUAGGACCUCUGUCUGCCACGACAACUCUCACUUCUGUUCUAGCACAAGUCUAGAAACACAAGUGAAACUUUUCACUCCACUGCUAUGGAAAGCAUUAUAGUGGAGUGAACACACACAGAGACAGUUUCUGUCUACCUGGAAAAAAAGGCAAUUUAGCUGACAUGUGCGUUUGGAGAUGAGAGCUAGUGAAAUGGUUAAAACCAAAUGCCCCAAACUGAGCUAAAGGUUCCCUUGCUCUGCUCUUUCUCUCAUCUAUGGUUCUGUGGGCUUCCAGUGCUCUCAGUGGACAUGGUUUUCUCUUUUGUUGAGAGGCAAGUUUUCUGUAUCUUUUUUGUUGUUGUUGCCGUUGCCAUUGUUGUUCCUUUGUCAUUGGAAUUAUAACCUCUUCCUACAGAUGGGAGUUCUGCAGGUUAUAGAGGUUCAGAGGGUUCAUAUAUAUAUAAUAUAAAUAUAUAUAUAUAUAUAUGCAGAAGCUGAAAUUCUUCAGAUUAUUAUGCUUUAUCUUUUCUUGAAAAAUGAAAAAGAAUCCUGAAAGAACAAGAUUAUGCAACUUCUGUUUAUGAAAUAAACAGUUUUUCUUCUA